AUGACUGAGGUAUACCGCGAUCCUUGGGUCGAUUAUAAGGCGGUGUGUGAGUCAACAAGAAAAAAGUUUUUAAAAAAGCCAAAUUAUCCUCAGGCUUUAGCAGAUUACGGUAGUCUGUCAGGCCGUUUUCAAGAUGAAGAGUCCAAUCGCAGUGCUGCAUACUGCCACUUGCAGAUAGCUUCAGUCUACGAGACCCUGAAUGAUUGGACUCAACAGUAUAUUCAUCUAUUAAAAGCUGCACGGCUAUUUGCGAAAGGUGAGAUGCUUGAUGAGGAACUGCACACAGCAGUUUUUUCUGAUGGGCUUAAUAUAAUGCAAGACUGUUUUAACAAAGCUUCAAAAUUAAUCCUUGAACGAAAUGGAGUUUGGCUAGCUGGCCUUCACCAAGUUGAAUUGGGCAACUUUCUCUGCAAAUUAGGCCGUCCGACUUUAGCUUUAAAGUACCUUUCUAGAGGGGCUCGUUUACUUGAAGUUGAACAUUUCAGCAGGUUAGCAGCGCUUCAGAGGCUAGCAGAAUGUCAAGUUGAAUUAGGGCUUUAUGCUGCUGCUGUUUCCACUGUAGAUGAGCUUUGGGCUGUACAUAUGAAAAGUGCUGUAGAUCCCGAAGUUGUUGAAAAACUGCGAGAUUGCCUGCGUUUUAUUGCUGAUCAGGAGCAAAAAUUGCGUUCUGGUAACGUUUUGAAGGAGAGUAGCGACGCAAAUGACGUCUCCCCGAGACAUCGACAUCUUUUGGCCAUGUAUAAUAUAUGCGGUGAUGGCGAAGGAAAAAAAGCUGACCUACUUUGCUCGACUGAGUUCCCUUUGAAGGAUUCAGCUUUUUCAAAAGACCAGUUUGUGUACAUUUAUGAUUUUAUAAUUGCAAUUCAUAAAGGAAAUUACAAGCUAGCAAAGGAACGUUUUGUGGACAUGAAGUCAUUUCUAAAUGAUAUGUGUUGUAAAAUUGCAACCGAAUUAAUUUUGAUUAGUGAAAAUAAAGGGUGCGUUUGA